AUGAAGCUCUCUGUUCACACUGGAACUCAUGUCGACGCUCCUGGACACUUCAUCGAUUCCUACUUCGACGCCGGCUUGGACGUUGAUAACUUAGACUUGAAUGUUCUCAACGGGCCUGGAUUGUUAAUUGAUGUUCCUAGGGACAAGAAGAAGAUCACAGCUGAAGUUAUGGAGUCUCUGAACAUUCCCAAAGGAAUAAAGCGUGUUCUGUUUAGAACUUCGAACACAGACAGAGGACUCAUGUACAAGACAGAGGAGGACAACAGCUUCGUGGGAUUUUCAGCUGAUGGUGCGAAAUGGUUAGUCGAAAAUACAGACAUCAAGCUUGUUGGGAUUGAUUAUCUUUCGGUGGCUGCGUACGAUGAUCUGGAUUCUGCGCAUAUUGAGCUUCUCAAAACAAGGGAGAUAAUUCCAUUGGAAGGCUUAAAGCUGGAUGAAGUCGAAGCAGGAUUGUACUACGUGAACUGUUUGCCGAUGAGAUUGGUUGGAGCUGAAGGAAGUCCAGUGAGAUGUGUUUUGAGGUCUUAA